UCGGCCGCGUUCGUCUUAUCGCGAGAACGCCGCCCGGUCACGAAGCCAAAGCAGAGCAACAUGGCGGAAGAGGAGGUGGCCAAGCUGCAGAAGCAUCUGGCCCUGCUGCGGCAGGAGUACGUGAAGAUGCAGCAGAAGCUGGCUGACACGGAGCGACGCUGCGCCGUCCUUGCUGCUCAGGUGUCGGUCCAAGGCCCAACCAGCCCAGCAUCUGCGGACACUUUUAUUAGCCGUCUUCUGGACAUUGUGUCGGACCUGUAUCAGCAGGAACAAUACAGUGAUUUGAGAGUGAAAAUUGCGGGGAGUCAGCUCAGUGCCCAUAAGUUUGUGCUGGCCGCACGCAGUGAUGUUUGGAGUCUCGCCAAUAUGGCCGCCACCUCAGAACUGGACCUGUCUGACUGCAAAGCCGAGGUUGCUACGGCAAUGUUGCGCUGGGCGUACACGGACGACUUGGAGCUCAGUGAAGACGAUGCGUUUCUUAUCGACUUGAUGAAGUUGGCCAACCGCUUUCAGCUUCAGAUGCUCCGAGAAAGGUGCGAAAAAGGUGUCAUGUCAUCGGUGAACGUCAGAAACUGCAUCCGCUUCUACCAAACGGCCGAGGAGCUGAACGCCACGACUCUAAUGAACUACUGUGGAGAGAUCAUAGCUAGUCACUGGGAUGAUCUCAGAAAAGAAGAUUUCAGCACCAUGAGUGCUCAACUUUUGUACAAGAUGAUCAAGUCUAAAACGGACUAUCCUCUCCACAAAGCCAUCAAAGUUGAGCGGGAGGAUGUGGUGUUCCUCUAUCUCAUUGAGAUGGACGCUCAGUUGCCAGGCAAGCUGAAUGAACUAGACCACAACGGCGAUCUGGCUCUCGACCUGGCACUGCAUCGAAAAUUGGAAAGUAUCGCCACCACUUUAGUUAACAGCAAAGCUGAUGUGGAUAUGGUGGAUCAGAGUGGAUGGAGUCUUCUGCAUAAAGCCAUCCAAAGAGGUGAUGAAUUCGCCUCCGUCUUCCUAAUUCGUCACGCCGCUCAGGUCAACGCCGCCACUGUGGGAGCGGUGGAAACGCCUCUUCACCUCGUCUGUUCUUUUAGCCCCAAGAAACACUCGACCGAAGUGAUGAGUGGCAUGGCGCAGAUUGCGGAGGCUCUGCUCAAGGCCGGCGCCAAUCCCAACAUGCAAAACAGCAAGGGCAGAACUCCCUUGCAUGAAGCUGUGUCUUCAGGGAACGAGCCAGUCUUCAACCAGCUGCUCCAAUGCAAACAGCUCGACCUAGAACUGAAAGACCACGAGGGCAGCACGGCUUUGUGGUUGGCUUUGCAGUAUAUCACCGUGUCCGCUGACACCUCUGUAAAUCCUUUUGAGGAUGAUGCGCCAGUUGAGAACGGCACCUCAUUCGAUGAGAACAGCUUUGCGGCGCAGUUAAUCCAGAGAGGGAGUAAUCCCGAUGCGCCCGACACAUCAACAGGGAACUGCCUGAUGCAGAGAGCAGCUUGUGCGGCCAAUGAGGCAGCUGCUCUUUUCUUAGCCACUCACGGGGCUAAAGUCAACCAUAUUAACAAAUGGGGGGAAAGCCCUCUUCACACAGCCUGCCGCUUUGGCCUUGCAAGUCUGACGGCGGAGCUGCUCCAGCAGGGUGCAAACCCCAACCUGCAGACCCUCAAGUCUCUGCUUGAUGACACUCUUGGUGUGGCUGCACAGACCCCUCUUCAUAUGGCCAUUGCUCAUAACCAUCCAGAUGUGGUCUCUGUUAUCCUCGAGCAAAAAGCAAAUGCAAUUCAUGCCUCCGAUAAUUUCCAGAUCAUUCCAGACUUCAGUCUCAAAGACUCUAUGGACCAAACUGUUUUGGGCUUGGCCCUCUGGACAGGUAUGCACACCAUCGCAGCUCAGCUUCUGGGCUCCGGAGCGUCUAUCAAUGACACCAUGUCCAGUGGACAAACCCUACUUCACAUGGCCAUCCAAAGACAGGACAGCAAGAGCGCCCUGUUUCUUCUUGAGCACCAGGCAGAGAUCAAUAUUAGGACCCAGGAAGGCCAAACAGCACUGCAGUUGGCCAUCAGUAAUCAGUUGCCACUGGUGGUUGACGCUAUAUGCACAAGAGGAGCUGACAUGUCUGUGGUGGAUGACAAAGGGGACCCUCCCUUAUGGCUUGCUCUGGAGAAUGGCAUGGAGGAUAUUGCAUCCACGCUGGUUCGUCAUGGCUGCGAUGCGACAUGUUGGAGCAAAGGCCCCUCUGGCUGCCAACAGACCCUCUUGCACCGAGCCGUUGAUGAGAACAAUGAGGUCACAGCUUGCUUUCUCAUCCGAAGUGGUUGCGACGUCAACAGCCCGAGGCGGCCAGGCCCAAAUGGAGAAGGAGAAGAAGAAGCCAGAGAUGGGCAAAUGCCUCUCCACCUAGCAAGCAGUUGGGGACUGGAGGAGGUGGUACAGUGCCUUCUAGAAUUUGGAGCUAAUGUCAAUACGCAGGAUGCAGAGGGUAGAACCCCUAUCCACGCUGCCAUUAGUAACCAGCACAACGUAAUCAUCCAACUCCUGAUUUCCCAUCCGGAUAUCCGUCUUAACAUACGCGACCGCCAAGGAAUGACACCAUUUGCCUGUGCCAUGACGCACAAAAAUAACAAAGCAGCAGAAGCCAUCCUCAAAAGGGAGCCAGGUGCCGCUGAACAGGUUGAUAAUAAAGGGCGUAAUUUCCUCCACGUGGCUGUGCAGAAUUCCGAUAUCGAAAGUGUUCUUUUCCUCAUAAGUGUCCAAGCUAACGUGAACUCCAGGGUUCAGGAUGCCGCUAAGCUCACCCCACUUCACUUGGCCGUGCAAGCUGGAUCUGAGAUCAUUGUUCGAAACUUGCUGCUUGCCGGGGCCCAAGUAAAUGAGUUGACCAAACAUCGGCAGACUGCCCUGCAUUUAGCCGCUCAACAGGAUUUGGCCACCAUCUGCUCCGUGCUGUUGGAGAACGGCAUUGACUUUGCUGCUGAGGAUGAGAAUGGCAAUAACGCUCUUCAUCUGGCAGUGAUGCAUGGCCGCCUUAACAAUAUCCGAUCCCUUCUCACAGAGUCCAAUGUCGAUGCUGAGGCCUUCAAUCUCAGGGGUCAGUCACCAAUGCACGUUUUAGGCCACUAUGGUAAAGAAAACGCUGCUGCCAUUUUUGAAUUGUUUCUGGAGUGUAUGCCCGAAUACCCUUUGGACAAACCAGAUAAUGAAGGGAACACAGUUUUGCUCCUGGCCUAUAUGAAAGGGAAUGCUAACCUGUGCCGUGCUAUUGUGAGGGCUGGUGCUCGCCUGGGCAUCAAUAAUAAUCAGGGCAUUAACAUUUUCAACUACCAAGUAGCAACAAAACAGCUGCUUUUUCGCCUUCUUGAUAUGCUGUCCAAAGAGCCUCCUUGGUGUGAUGGAUCCAACUGCUACGAGUGUGUCGCCAAGUUUGGAGUCACAACAAGGAAACAUCACUGCCGUCAUUGCGGGCGCCUCUUGUGCCACAAGUGCUCUAUCAAGGAGAUCCCCAUCAUCAAGUUUGACUUGAACAAGCCGGUGAGGGUGUGUGACAUCUGCUUCGAUGUACUAACUCUGGGUGGAGUGUCAUAAUGCAGCGGCCCGGAUUUUCCCCACCUACUAAUAAUGUUCAUCGGGUCGGGGUCCGACUUAGUUACUGGGCACAUCAUAAGGGACAGCAGGAGCAGCAAGAGAUUGGACAAUUCUGGACCGUUGUCUUUAUAUUAUGCCAGUCUUGUGAAAAAGCACUUGAGACCGGUUCUUCAUUUUGUUGUCGAUCAAAGAUAUAAAUGAAUAGAAAGCAGUUUAGUGACUGCUGGACUGAGUGAGGUCACUUCUUAAGCUCUAUGUUGUUUCCAAUGGUUAGCUUGUUUUUCAAUAAAAUAGUUGCUUCUCUUGGUCAUUGCAAUUCAAUGAUAAACAUCUCAAAAACACUGUUGGAAAGAUGUUGAUCUGUGGUUAAGUCAUUUCAUCAUCUGCAGGUUGUGCUACCUGCUCUGAGACAAAUGUUUCAUGCAUCAUGAUUCACAUACUCGAACCAUCCAAAUGAGAUUCAAAUGAUUAUCAAUCGAACUCUUGUGACUGUAGACUGUAUUACCUGGAUAAAUGAUUAAAUCAAUUAUGUUUUGUUAGACCCCGAAGCAAAAACAAGCACAUUUUAAUUUCACUUGUGUGGUGAAAAAAAAUAACUGCCCAGCAAUAUGAAAACAUUAAUUAGCAGGCUGUGAACCAUUAUUGAUCCAUAUAAUACAUAUUUAGUAUGUAUUAGUACUGACGAGCAACUAUAUGCCUGCAUGUACUAUAAUUUGUAGCAUUUCAUAAUGUCUUUUAUUUUUAUUUUUAAAUCAGUCAGCAUGAGUACAUUCCAGUUUUGACUUGACCAUGAGGUCCUUGUCAGUUGCGAUGACGAUAAUGCCUCAAGUCGAGGUGUCUCGACCUGACACAUUUACUGCUUUGAUUUUUCUAAAUCCAACAGGUGCACUUUAUAAAGAUCACAUGACAUGUCCAAUGGUUUUGGGAAGUGAGAACGAUAGGCAUGUUGAAUUGUACAGAUAAAUGUGUGAUAUUUUUGGCCACUGCUACCAUUUUUGUACUUAAUGCAGUUUGUGAUUGCCAUUGUGACAGACUUAAAUCUUGCCUUUGUUAAUCUUUUAUGCACAUUGUAAAAUCUUUUAUGCACAUUGUAUCGUAUCUGUAUGCUCAGAUAUCUAGCCCGUCUCUUCCAAGUGUAUCCUUAUACAGACAACUUUACAUAAAGAUCAUUUAAAACAA